CUUUUUUCCUCCUCUUUCAGAUCCGUGCUGGAUCAAGAAUCUUGUACAGACCAAUUUCGGCGUCUGUGUUGUCUAGGCCAGAGGUCAAGACUGGAGAGGGCAACUCAACACUUAAUGGGGCCCAAAAUACUGUCUCCCGACUAGCACUUAGAGAAUUCCAAACUAGUGCUAUCAGCAGGGACAUUGACACUGCUGCCAAGUUUAUUGGUGCUGGUGCUGCCACAGUAGGUGUGGCUGGUUCUGGUGCUGGUAUUGGAACAGUCUUCGGUAGUCUAAUCAUUGGUUAUGCCAGAAAUCCUUCUCUGAAGCAGCAGCUGUUCUCAUAUGCUAUCCUGGGAUUUGCCCUGUCUGAAGCUAUGGGUCUCUUCUGUCUGAUGGUUGCUUUCUUGAUCCUAUUUGCCAUGUGAAAGGAGAUCUGCCUGUAAUAUUGGCAUUGGAAUGUAACGGCAUUUUAUGGGACUCCCAAAAUGUUGGUGUCAUGGAAAUUGAUGCUAUUUCCAAAGUCAUUUCAUUAAAGAUAACAACUUUAACUGACAA